AUGGAUCCUACCCGUGUCUCUAAACUUUUGGACCCGACGUCCGCCAUGGCUGCCAUCACGAAGCACAAAGCUGAGGCCAUCAAGCUUGCACGAGAGCAGGGCUCCGCGGUCAAGGAGAUGUGUCGCAGAGCGAAAACCGAUACUCCACCAUAUGAAUUCGAGGAGCUUAUUGGCAAAGGCGCCUAUGGCCGCGUGUACAAGGGCCACCAACUCCCUACCCAAAAGGUAGUUGCCAUCAAGGUCAUGGAUAUCGAUUCAGUGGACUACAAGUCCGUUCGGGAUUUCAGGGACGAGUCCAUAAAGGAUUUCAUUCACGAGACGAAGGUCAUGAAGCAGGUUAAGGAUGCGGGAGCUAAAAACAUCAACGAAAUUAUUGAGGCCAUCUCCAUCCACUCGCAGCUGUGGUUGGUCUGUGAGUAUUGCCCUGGUGGGAGUGUUAGGACAUUGAUGAGAGCGACGGGUGACCAAUUGGAUGAGAAGUUCCUCAUCCCUGUAGCUCGUGAACUCGCUGCUGGUUUGCGUGCAAUCCAUGAUGCAGGUAUCAUUCAUCGAGAUAUCAAAGCGGCCAAUGUUCUGAUCCACGAAGAAGGACGGUUGCAAAUCUGUGACUUUGGUGUAGCUGGAGUUUUGCAGUCCCAGUUAGACAAACGAUCGACCUGGAUUGGCACACCCCAUUGGAUGCCACCUGAAAUGUUCUCAGCCCGUGGUGAAGAGCAUAAAUAUGGCAGCGAGAUCGAUGUAUGGGCAUAUGGUUGCACGCUGUUCGAAUUUGCAACGGGCAACCCCCCUAAUUCGAACUUGCGAGAGCGAAUGCAGAUAGGAAGACAGCUAAACCGCAUCGCACCUAAAUUGGAAAAUGCAAAAUAUAGUGAUGGUCUCAAGGAUAUCGUGUCUUGUGUGUUGGAAUCAAACCCGUCUACUCGGCCAACGAUGGCAGACGUACAAUCGCACGCGUACAUUGCGGACACUGAGGCGACCUAUCCAACAUCGUCCUUGAGUGAGCUAGUGCGGAUUUAUUAUCAGUGGUCGCAGAGGGGAGGGCAGCGAAUCUCAUUAUUCCACCCUGGAGGUGCGGCGGCCGCAGAGAUGCCCGGCACGACUAUGGAUUCUGAUAGUGACUGGAAUUUCAGUACCACAGAUGGGUUUGAGCGCAGGUUCUCCGUCAUUGAUCUCGACCAGAUAGCUGCGUCUUUGGCUGAAAUGGAGGAUGAAAUUGAGGUGCAACCUGCCCGAAAAUCUUUUGACGAACCGGCUGAGACGGUGAUGACAAAGGAAGACAAAGUCAAUUUUGAUGAGCGCGUCCGACGAGGUGCUGAGGCUAUGGAGGGCCUCUUCAAUGAAGAAAAGCCAAGUUAUAAGUACGAGACGAAGAAUGAUUUUGUCCCGUUUGAGGAGAAGCAACCAAUCUCGGACCUACCUCUUCGCACUGAAACUGAUCGCUCUUCGGUCACUUCAACAUUCAUUGAUAUUGACAUCGGUUCAUUUGAUUCAUCGCACUAUGCGGCUGGGGCUUCGUCGGCGCAGCCAUUCCAACUCGCGGAUGCGGAUACUAUCAAGGCAAAUAGAUCUAGUGGUCGACAAUUCCGCAACCCUAGUGACAGUCGUUCCCGCUCAUCGAGCAGUGAUGUCAGUAAUCGUGAAUCACAAGAUUUGACUUAUCAACCUCCGAGUGGCCCACGGCCUCCUACGAUGGAUUGGAAGUUCCCGGUUUUCAUGCAAGCCCCCCAAGAGGAGGAACCCAAACCCGAAACCUCUCAGGAAUCGGUACCCCAGGAGCUGGCACCUGUGGAGCCUGAACCUACAGCAAGGCGUGCAACGAUGGACUGGACCUUCCCCGUCAUGACGGCUGCCGCAGGUGAAGACCAAGAGAGCCGCGAGAAUGAUAUGGAUAACAGCCGUUAUGAUACUCUAAGGGCACCCCUGAUAGACCUUGAGUCUGCCGCAACGAUCCGACCUACUAGUAUUGGGGAGCCUGGUGAUUCUCGACCAUCCACGUCAGCAUCUUUACACUCUCGGUCUAGUGUGUCUACAAGCUCGGAUACUGACUAUGACCCUUUCCGAUUCGACCGGCCUUCCACUCCACCCGGUGGCGCUUCCCAGCCGCAGCAACUCUUCAAAGACGAAUACCCAGAAAUCCUAGAGUCCAGUGGGGACAAGGAGUAUGACCAGUCAUCUGUAGUGUUGGAUGGUCCGGGACCAGACGAGGAGGAGAGUCACCCCCCUUGGCAGGAUAAUUCUGACGUAUCCGAUUCGGCUCUGCAGUCCGAGCCAUUUCCGACUGCUAUCCCAACGAAGGAGCUGGACCCCAACCCUCCUUUUACGAGAAGAGAUGAUUCUCCCAUCUCUGAACCGUUGGCCACCGCAAGACGCGAUCCACCUACGACUAGUAUCCAUGAAAUGGAGCCUAUUCGGUUCCCUGAUCUUGUGCCUCCCCGGCUCGAAGUGAUGCAUGAAGGGGCAGACGAGAGCGAUGUAACGGCUGAAAUGGACCGAUUGCUAGGUGACCUGUUGAAUGCACUCUCUGCCACGGGCGAGGCGUUAUCCCGGACUCGGAUUGGACCGGAACUCAGCAACGGUAAAAGCUCGACUCCCGGGAUCUCUGAGUGA